CAAUGGCCAUCUGUAGAUAGGUAGUGGAUAAAGUAUUGGAUGGUGUAUAAAAUGUUUCCAUCACAGCAGAAAGUUGUAUUGAUCCUCACUGUGCCAAUUUCCAGGAAAUAUAAGUGCAGAGUAAUUGUAUCAGAUGACACUACAGGGAUGCAACACUGUAUGAUAAACAAUUGAGUUUCCAAAUUUAAAAAGAAAAUACUAGUAAAAAAUUGAGUGAAGUCUGAGCAGUGCUCGUGAGCCCAGUGGUUUUGUGGUCAGGCCUCAGAAACCGGAAGUGUUUGCAGUGUGGCUGACCAACUGACUAAAGUGCAGAUUGCAGAAUUCAAAGAAGCUUUUCCGCUAUUUGACAAGGAUGGGAAUGGGACUAUAACAACAAAGGAAUUGGCAACUGUAAUGUGGUCUCUUGGGCAGAAUCCCACAGAAGCAGAGUUACAGGACAUGAUUAAUGAAGUAGAUGCUGAUGGUAUUGGCACAAUUGACUUCCCUGAAUUUCUUUUGACAAUAAUGGCAAGGAAAAUGAAAGAUGCAGACAGUGAAGAAGAAAUUAGAGAAGCACUCCGUGUAUUUGAUAAGGAUGGCAAUGGCUGUAUUAAUGCGGCAGAGCUUCGCCAUGUGAUGACAAACCUUGGAGAGAAGUUAACAGAUGAAGAGGUUGAUGAAAUGUUUGGGGAAGUAGACAUUGAUGGUGAUUGUCAAGUAAACUAUGAAGAGUUUGUACAAAUGAUGACAACAAAGUGAAGACAUUGUACAGAAUGUAUGAAAUUUCUUGUAUUAAAUCAUUUAUUUGCCUUUCUUUGUAACUUAUCUGUAAGAGUUUCCCUCUACUGUCAAAAAAAUAUGCAUGUAUAAUAAUUAGGACUUCAUUUCUCCAUGUUUUCUUCCCUUAUCUUACUGUUGUUGUCCUGAAACCUUAUUUUAGAAAAUUGAUCAAGUAACAUUUUGCAUGUGGCUUACUCUGGAUAUAUCUAAGCCCUUGUGCACAUCCAAACUUAAGAUGGAGUUGGUCAAAUUGGGUUAUGCCUUUUUAAAUUUGUUUUAAUACUUAUUUUUCACUUUUUUA